ACGGUAAGUAUUUUCUUCGUGCUGCAUAGUCUCGUAUAUGGAACUUCCUUCACCUACGGAAACAAUUUAAGAUAAAUCCAAUGGCCUAUUGUUGUUUUAUAUUUAAAAAAAUCGGCAUAAGUACUUACGACGAACUUGUAAUGUGGACUCGCUUGGCAUUGGUAGAAAAUGAAGAAGACUAGGCAGCCCAAGAGUUUGGAAGUAGAGACUUUCAUAGUGGAUAGUAGGGCUGAAAAGGUCCCCGUCCUCUCUCUCCUCCAGAACCUUCUUCUUCCCCCUUUGCCCCUGCACCCUAGCCUCACACCCGAACCAGCCACCCCCCCCUCUGCACGAACCAGCCUGCACCUACCCUGCACCGAGCCCAGACCUCUAGCCCUGCUGCCUGCGCCCUUCUGCUACCGCGCCCGGCCUUGCUUCCUGCACCUGCUCUACACCGAAUCUGCAUCAAUCUCCAGCUCUGCACUGCGCCAGCCUUCCUCUGCACCAGAUCCCCUCUCCUCUGCGCCACCCACUGCCGGCAAUGAUGUCCCUUUGCACGCCAGCAUCACCGGCAAUCAUACCCCCUCUGCACUGAGCCUGCGCGCAAUCAUGCACUCCGGCACCCCCUGCUUUGCGCCCUUGCCUCCUGCACCGAGCCUACACCCCUGCUGCUGCACCACCUUGCUGCGCCUCCUGCACUCUGCGCCCAAUCACGUGCCCCUGCUUCCUGCACGCUACAGCCAUGCAAAAAAGAUAGCAAAUACCGGACAAAUUAGCAUCAUUGGUGAUUGACAGAACAAGGCCCCCUUUUUUUUUGUUUCAUUUGUUAUUUUUAUCAUUUUGGGUAUAUAUAGAGCAAAAGGCAGAGGUCUUUGGGGGGCUUUUUGGCUAGUUGAUUUUUGGGGUUCUUUUUCGGGAGCUUGGGGGGUCCUUAGGUUGAUGGUGGAGUUUUGAGUUUGAUUUUGGGGGAAUUUAGAGUUUGAUUUUGGAGAGUCUUUGAUCGAUUUUGGAGUUUGAUUUUGAGGGGUUUUCUUUUGUCUGAGUUUGGUAUUGCCGGAGGUGGCAGUAAGAGGAAGACGAUUGCUGAACUCCCAGAGCUCACCGAAGGAGAUUGUGCAUCUUCUGGGUUUGCUUCUUUUAGGUAAUUUUUCUUAUCAGAGAAGGUUUUUGGGAAAGACAGUGAGGGAGAGGGUUGGAGGUUGAUCCUGUGGGUGGGAUCCCUCCCCCCGAUUCUGAUCUGUUUUCUUCAAAGAUUUUCGCCAUGUUUGUUUUAACUUCUUUAGGUUUGACAUGCUAGAAUUGUAUUCGGUGAUGAUAUUGUGAGUGAAAUCAAGCUUGAAUUUCAUG